AUGGGCCCUUGUGGCUUUACAGACAAUGCAGAAUUGGAAAGGGUUGCUGAUGAAGAAGAGAUAAAGGUUGCUUAUAGACGCUUGGUCAAAUAUUAUCAUCCAGAUGUCUAUGAUGGCAGAGGAACUCUAGAGGAAGGAGAAACAGCUGAAGCUAGAUUCAUCAAGAUUCAAGCUGCAUACGAGUUGCUAAUGGAUGACGAGAAGCGAAGACAAUACGAUAUGGAUAACAGAGUCAAUCCGAUGAAGGCCUCACAAGCAUGGAUGGAGUGGCUUAUGAAAAAACGAAAAGCUUUUGAUCAACGGGGUGAUAUGGCCAUCUUGGCUUGGGCUGAGCAGCAGCAGCGAGAGAUGAAUAUCCGCGUACGUCGUCUUUCCCGUACGAAGACUGACCCAGACGAAGAGAGAAGAAUUCUGGCAAAAGAGAAAAAGGCAUCCACAGAAUAUUUUUCAAGUACACUGAAGCGUCACACACUUGUAUUGAAGAAAAGGGACUUGAAGCGAAAGAAAGCAGAGGAGGAAAAGAAAAGGUCCAUUAGCCAACUUUUAGCUGCAGAAGGGCUUGAGCUGGACACAGAUGCUGAUGAAGCACUGUAG